UGUUGUUGUCGAGAUUCUGGUGUAACCGACGUUGAACCGAAAUCCAGCGACGACGGAAUACGCUAGUUAAGGUAGUCUUACACUUCGCGGCCGGCAUGACUCAUCAGACCAACUACUUCUCUACAGUCUUGAAUUCAUUCUUCAACAGUUAAAUCUCUGACCUACAAAAAACAUCUGACAAAGCUGAAUCUCCCCAGAAAUUGAGAUCAUGGAACCACCUGUUGAUAUAAAGGAUCGCCUUCGGGCAUCAUACAAUGCGAUUGCACCCGCAUACAACGCUUGGACAGCGCGCCACAACGAACUUCGUCUGACCUACCUCGAUAAACUUCUCAAUUCCUGUCCAGAAUUGGCAUCAGCUAGCGAUACGAUGAAGAAGCAAGUCCUUGAGCUGGGAUGCGGUUCUGGAAGCCCCUUUAUCUCAACUUUGCUCGCUCGUGCACCGUCUGUCCAUGUACACGCCAACGACCUCUCCGAUGUUCAACUAGAUCUCGCUCGACAAAACCUGGCUGGGUACCAAGAUCGUGUUGAGUUUUACCCUGGAGACAUGAUGAAACUAGACUUUGCACCUGGUUCCCUUACGGCAAUCGUGGCGCUGUACAGCAUUAUACAUUUACCACAAGAAGAACAGAGAGAGAUGAUAAGGCGGAUUGGCAGAUGGCUAGCCCCGGGUGGUGUCUUUUUAUCAACAUUUGGUACUGAUGAGGCGUCAGUGAUUAUUGACGAGAAAUGGAUUGAAGAAAAAGGGUGGAUGUUUUGGAGCGGACUUGGGAAGGAGGCACUUUUAAAGGCGUUAACUCAGGAAGCUGGAUUGGAAGUUCAACAUGCGGUUUUAGAAGAAGAUGCAGAUGACAGAUUCAUGUGGACUAUCUCAAAGAAAGUUAACGCAUAGUAUUUUAUUGAAAAGGCGGAGCUUGUAUAAUAAGCCCGCAGAUGAGCUUGCUGGAUCUCUCUAGCCUACAUCCAUGUGGCUGCAUCCGGAGCCUUAGUACUGCGACUCUUCAUAGAUUCUGAUUCUGUCGUGCCAUCUG